AUGGAAACUCCGGGGUAUGCCGGUGUAAUUGAUAGCACCAAACCUCGUGAAGAACGAGAUUUCAAAGAGAUAUAUCCCGAUCUCGACGAAUCAUCUCAAUUGAAUGUGUUUGUACUCAAAGAUGAAACAACAAAUUCAAACAUUCCUAAAAUUAAUAGUGAAGAAGAAUCUAAAACAAGGGAUAAUGUACAAUAUAAAAAACCAUCCUUCCGUGCUGUUCCUAAAUCGUCUAUAGUUCCACAUCUCCCCAAAUUCACUAAAAUGACUAUGGAUUAUGGUUUCCAAGGUCCUUCUAAACAAGUUCGGAAACAAUCAAAAACUUUGACUAGACCAUAUUCAUUAAGUUUGAAUGAAGAUAUAGAAGAGGUAACUCAAAAGAAACGUAGAUUGGUGGAAUAUGAUAUGGAUGAACAAGAUAUGUUAUAUCUUACAUAUCGUAAAGAACAAGUGAAAAAUUCAAUUAAAAUCACCCCUGAAGUAUUUGAAAUCAUGAUAACCAUAUUAGAAACUGAAUGGAAUCGACUAGAAGUGAAACUCUCGGCGAAAAACACGUCGACUAGUAUAUCUGGAGGAAUGCUCAAGUUGGUCAAUGAUGUUAAAUAUGGAGAUGACGAUGGUAUAGUACAGGGAUCUUUUGUUGAACAAAAGUGUGCCAUUUGUAAUGACAGUGAUUGUGAGAAUAGUAAUGCUAUUGUUUUUUGUGAUGGAUGUGAUAUUGCCGUACAUCAGGAAUGUUAUGGAGUUGCAUUUAUCCCCGAGGGCCAAUGGCUUUGUAGAAAAUGUAUGAUCAACAAGAAUAGAGAAGUACAUUGUAUCUUCUGUCCAAGUACCACAGGGGCAUUCAAACAAUUGGAUAGCAGUUUAUGGAGUCAUGUUGUAUGUGCAUUAUGGAUCACAGAGUUAUAUUUUGCCAACCCGAUCUAUAUGGAGCCCAUUGAAGGAGUUGAUUUAAUUCCUAAGAACCGUUGGAAACUUUCAUGUUAUAUUUGCAAGCAAAAGGGAGGUGCAUGUAUACAAUGUCAUAAUCGGAAUUGUUUCCAAGCAUAUCAUGUUACAUGUGCCAAACGUGCUGGAUUAUACAUGAAUUUAACCAAGGGGGUACAAGGUGCAAUUACCAAUAAGGGAUCCUUGAGGACUUAUUGCGAUAAGCAUGGACCUGGACAUUGGGAUCAAGAUGCUACAUUACAAGGUAUAGCUAAAACAAGAUUAUAUUUUAGAGAUUUAAAAAUCUUAAAUGAUCGAAAUGCUAAAAUAUUGAAAAGACAAGAGACAGAAAAUAAAUUAAAUGUAUUCAAAUGGAAAACUGAAAAUGAUACCCCUAUUGCACCACAUUCAUUUGCAAAUAUUUUAUUUGAAAAGUUAAUAGAGAUGAAAUUGGAUACUUAUAAUCCUCAUUUCAGUUCUGAUACACAACUGAGUAUGAUUAAAGAUUUAGGAAUAAUUCCAAAUCAAAGUAAAGAAAUGAAAAGACAAGAAUUAAGACAAAUCAGUUAUGACUUGUGCAGAUAUUGGUGUCUUAAGCGAGAAUCCAAAAAUGGAGCACCAUUGAUUAGAAAGAAUAAUAAUAUGGAAUUAUCUUCUAUUAUCUAUGGAUCCAAUGAAUUGGAUGAAAUAAACAAUAAGAAGGAAUUUGGGAAAAUUCUUAUUGAUGAUUUAAGCAAGGUGAUUAAUUUGGUGGAGAAUGUUGUGGAAAGAGAAGAAACUACUCGAGAAAUUAACAACUUGGACAUGAACAUGAUCGAUUCAGUUUAUUUCACUAUGGGUCAAAUUAUUGAAUUGGAAUAUGUAAAAUUCACAAAUAUGGACACCACCAAAUUAUUGAAUGGAUAUACCUUUAAAUCAAAUAUGAAUCAACAAACAUGGAAUGAAAUAUCAAAAAAGGUAUUUAAUUAUGAAUAUGAAUCAAUAUCAACAUUUGUUAAGGAAUGUCAAGAAUUUUGCACUUCUGUUUUUAAUGAAAAUAAACUGAUUGCAGGUAUACAUAGAUUAGCCAAAAAGAUUAUUCGAGAAUUACAAGCUACUAAUUGGGAAAUGAUUGAAUUAAAGAUUAAAACAGAUUUUGAAAAUGGUAAUUUACAAGUUCCAUUUGUUGAAGUUGAUGGAGGAGAUAUAAAAUUUAAAACAAAAUUCAUAAGAGAAGAACUUGAAGAGGAAGGUCUAAGUGAAGUUGAAUCACUUAAUGAGGCUGAUGAGUCUGAAAUCCAAAAGUUUUAUCAAUGA